AUCCCAUUUCCCUCUUGUGAACCUCCAUAAAUACUCUUUAUCCUCCAUGCCCUACACUCUCCUCUCCUCUCUGUCUUUGUUACUACACCAAACACCCUCUUCCCUUUGGUAUAGUUUGACAACCAUCAUCAUCUCUCAAAGGAGAGAAAGCUAGCUAGCCAAUUUCGAGAAGAAGAAGCUUUCUUUGGAUCAUCAUCAUCAUCAUCAAUCAUGGGAAUUCACCAGAAGCCUGCAUGGUUGGAAGCAAUGUACAACGAGAAGUUCUUCGCUCCCUGCCCGUACCACGAAUCCGCCAAGAAGAACGAGAAGAACGUCUGUUGCCUCGACUGUUGCACCAGCAUCUGUCCUCACUGUGUUCCGGUUCAUCGCUCCCACAGAUUGCUCCAAAUUCGCCGGUAUGUUUACCAUGAGGUCGUGAGACUCGAAGACCUCGAAAGACUCAUGGACUGCUCCGGUGUUCAGGCCUACACCAUCAAUAGUGCCAAAGUGGUGUUCAUCAAGAAAAGGCCCCAAAACAGGCAAUUCAAAGGGUCCGGGAAUUAUUGCACUUCAUGUGAUAGAAGCCUUCAAGAACCUUUCAUUCACUGCUCCCUUAGCUGCAAGGUGGAUUUCGUGCUGAAGCAUUACAGGGACUUGAGUCCAUUCCUGAAGAAAUGCAAGACGUUGGUCCUAGGACCGGACUUCUUGAUUCCACAAGACGCCGACGACAUGAUGACCAACUCCGACGAACCGAUGAGCUGGUCGUCGGGGUCCGGCGGCGGCGGCUCCGGCUCCUCGUCGUCCUCCUCGGGGUCGGAGAACAUGAGCAGCAUGAUGAUGGUCGCCCCGCCGGCGUGUCCUCAAAAAAUCGUACGCAAGAAACGGAGUGGUUUGAUCUACGUUUGGUCGAGAUCCACGUCGACGACAACAAACUACGACGACGGUCAUAAUUACGGCCACAAUAAAGUCUCCGACGAGGACAUGGCGACCAGCAUGAGCCGGCGGAAAGGCGUCCCCCAAAGAUCUCCUUUGUGUUAACUUAUCGAACUAGGGAAAGAGGGAAUAACAAACCAAGAAAAAAAGGAAAUUAUGAGGAUUUUUUUUUACAUUUUUAGUUAAUUUUUUUCUGAGUUUUGACUGAAUUAGUCCUUAAUGAAAUGUUUCUCUCUCUAGCUCUACUCUCUUUCUAGUUGAAAUUUUGGGGGGAUUAAUAUUAAUUAAUCACUUGGUCGGGGGGUUUUGUCUUAAUGGCAUCACGUGGUUCCCAAUUCCAAGUUAUGGUUU